UCAUAUGUUUCGCGUUACUAUCCUUUUGAAGUCUGUAUACGCUACCCCCCCCUCCCCAUAUAAGGACUUAGAAUUGUCUGGGGCUCUUUCAAGAAGGCGAUUUUUUUUCAUGAGUGGUAGAUUUUAGUGUUUGUGGUGUCUUCCAGAACGGAGAAAUGGGACAAGCGUUGGGAUGUAUUCAGGUGGACCAGUCAACUGUAGCUGUUAAGGAAACUUUUGGCAAGUUUGAUGAUGUGCUGGAGCCUGGAUGCCACUGUUUGCCCUGGUGCUUGGGGAGCCAGGUGGCUGGUCACCUCUCUUUACGCGUACAGCAGCUGGAUGUCCGGUGCGAAACAAAGACAAAGGAUAAUGUCUUCGUCACGGUAGUUGCUUCCAUCCAAUAUCGAGCACUGGCAGAAAAGGCGUCCGAUGCUUUCUAUAGGCUCAGCAACACCAGGGCGCAGAUUCAAGCCUAUGUCUUUGAUGUCAUUCGUGCAAGCGUUCCCAAGCUGGAGCUUGAUUCGACAUUUGAACAGAAGAAUGAAAUAGCAAAAGCUGUAGAGGAUGAACUUGAGAAGGCUAUGUCAGCUUAUGGAUAUGAGAUUGUUCAGACUCUCAUUGUAGAUAUUGAACCAGAUGAGCAUGUGAAGCGAGCAAUGAAUGAGAUAAAUGCAGCUGCGAGGUUGAGAGUGGCCGCAAAUGAGAAAGCUGAAGCAGAGAAGAUUCUGCAGAUCAAGCGAGCUGAGGGAGAUGCAGAGUCCAAAUACUUGGCUGGACUAGGGAUAGCAAGGCAGAGGCAGGCUAUCGUGGAUGGGCUGAGGGACAGUGUGCUGGCAUUCUCCGAGAAUGUUCCAGGAACAACGUCAAAGGAUGUCAUGGAUAUGGUCCUGGUCACCCAAUACUUCGACACGAUGAAGGAAAUCGGUGCAUCCUCGAAAUCCAGCUCUGUUUUCAUCCCACAUGGUCCUGGCGCUGUGAGAGAUGUCGCAACCCAGAUCAGGGAGGGUCUCCUUCAGGCGCAUGCUGCGCAGUAAGUCGAGUAUAUAUAUGGGGCCGUGGUUUCACUUUCGCCUGGCUGUUAAUAUGAUGGUAAAUGAGCGCUUGGUGAUGUAUUGUCUUGGAAAAAAAAAAAAAACUUAGAAGGAUGUGAACUGUCGUCCAAAUAAGGAGUUAAUAGGAUGUUGAUACCGUAAAGUCCUAUCUGGUUAUCGUUUGAGGAGGAGACGAUUUGUAUUACAUAUUUUCCAGUAUUAUGAAAAUGUGGGUGCAAAUAUUAAGAAUGUAA